AAAAUCCUUUUAGCCCCAAUCAGGAAUAUGACAACUCUGUUUAGCUUUCACUAAGCCAUCGCACAAACUACUGUGUGAACGCAUUGCGCAUACGCACUGUCUGCCGGCUAGCAGUCGUCGUACAUUAAUGCGACAUGGCAGCAAUUAGUCCUGCGCUCCUAAAUGAUUUAAAACUUGCGCCGAACUUUGCCGGCCCCCUCGGCCUGUUGGUCCGCAACAUUUUGCGCAAACUUUUAAUUAUUACACACUUGCGACUUGUUGUUCAGCUUGCUCGCGAUGCUGCCAGAUUAUAAACUUUUGUCGAGUUCAAUUAUGUACGCCGAAUCGUCGGCAUUGUUUGUUCUAAUUCUAAUUUGCUCCAUAAACUUUGCGCUUCGGUCGCCCCAUUUUGAUGUGCAAUUAGUGCCCGGGAGUGGCGUUAAUUUUUCAUGUAGCUCGGGCCGAACGUAUCUCAGAACGCCGGGGUUCCCAACUCAAACUACUGUUAAUGUCUGUGGCCAUGUUCGAGGCAAAUGUUAUCAUCUGGCCGUUUUUCAACACCGAGUCGGUCGAGGAUCGUCGAAAGUAUAUCAUAAAAGUGUUCCUGGAGUUUGCUGCAUUCGUCCUGAUUGGCUUCGUGCACUGGAUCCUCAUGUUGACCUUAUUGCAAGAUUGGUUUGUUGACUUGGUUAGAGAACACACAUCCGCCUUGCUUCUCGCUUUUGCUGUGGGAAUUUUCCUCCUCCUCUUAUUUGCCAUAAGCAAGCCGCUCCGGAAAAUGUCCUGCGUCAACUGGGGCAUUAGCUUUAUAAUCGUGGAGUGCCUUGUGGUUUCCCUCAGUGUGCUGGUCAUAUCUUCGGGAAUUCUAUAUAUGCUAGCGGGAUUCUUGAUCGUGGCCGUGGUAAUUGUGUUUUGCUGCCUGAUAGCUGCUCUAAUGCCGUAUGACCUCACUGGCACCGGACUCUAUCUGUACAUGCUGGCCACAGGCGCCUACAUGCUGGCCCUGUAUUCCCUGGUGAUAUACGCAGUUCUGGAGGUGACUUGGGGAUUCUAUCUGUUCGCGACCUUUAUUGCUUGCGUGGUGAUAGUAUUCCUCAUGUAUCAUGUGCAGUGCAUAAUGGGCGGAAGGAGGGCCUCGACCAGCCUGUUCGAUGACAAGUUCGCCGCCCUGCUGCUGUUCCACGAGUUCGUAGGCCUCUUUGUGCUGACCCUCUACUGGCGACCCAUAAUGCAGCGCCUGCAGCUGAGACAAUAAACGAGCAGUCGGUCGGUUCUACGUAAUCCCCAUAUAUUGCAGACAGUUUUCCAUGCGCCUCAAGGCCAGGGCCCCCAGAGACUCCUGCCGGGCACAGCCGCCAGGUCCCCGCAUGUGGAGCAUAACAUGAUCCCGACACUCGAUCCGCCCGUCUCCAUCGCAGUCGUCGCCAUAUCGCUGCACAUAGCUCUGCACAAUGGUCCUGGCACACUCGUCGUUCACCACGCAUCGUUCGUAGUCUGUGGGAUGGAGAUGGGAUGGGGGACUGGGUUAGUGGGUGGUCAUUACACGCCGGGGGCAGUCUGCCAACGGAGAUUACACGGGUCAAAAAAUAAAUGCCAAAUAAAAACAUCUGAAACCAUAGCUUGAAGUUAAGAACUGUAUUACACCUACUUAAAAAUACAUAUUUUUAACUUUCUGCUUUCUCUAAAA